CAGAAGUGAACAUGUUAUGAAUUUACAAGGGCCUGGCCCUAAAUUCAAACAACACACUUCUACCAACAGACUCUCUCCCUUUGGUGUUAGGUUAGGCUGCCCUUUAGAGCACAGCGAUCUCGCAUGACAGAAGUCACCUGCCGCCUGUAACGAGUUUGCAACAAUAAAUCUUAACUCAUGAAGGCUUAAAGGGUUUUCAUAGAGUGACAAGGUGAUCACGUCGCAGUCAGCCACGUCUACGAUAUCAGGUCAAGGCUCAAGACAAAAGUGGUGUGAUUAUUCAUCCAAGCCGAAUGUCUGUGCUCUGAAGUGAACGGGGUAUCUCUCGGUCGUAGGCGAUACCUUAAUCGUAAUCACGGUGAGCAGAAGCAAAACGUUUUCCACCUACGCCCGUCAUUGACAUGCCCGUAAUGAUCGUAGGUGAUAAUCCGUAGCCACCACCAGCGCACCUGAAUACUUGAACUCAUUGAAGUGUGGAUCUUCAAAUGUGAAUAUUUAUCUUACGUGGAGAACAAAAGGCUCACUAAGUUACUGAUUACAGAAGUGAAUGUAAAGAUGGGGCUGAGACAACUAUUGUCCGAGAGCAAACUGUUGGUUCACUUCCUGGUGUGUUGUUUUGGCAUCGCUUCCUGGGUGGACAUCAAUGGGGUGUGGGUGGAGCUGCCCCUCCUGGUGACCACCCUGCCGGAGGGUUGGACCCUUCCGUCCUACAUCAUCAUCAUCAGUCAGGUGGCUAACAUUGGACCAAUCACAUUCGCCGUUCUGGUUUACUGUUACAAAGACGCCAAACUGGAAAACCCCGUAUCGGCGCUCAUUAUUGUGAUAGGCAUGGCCUCCUGUAUGCUGCUGGCGUUCUUCUGGAAGGAGACGACGGUAGUUGCAGGAGAACCUCACUCCACAGCCCUGCUCGCCCUCAACUUGGUCCUGGCUCUGGUGGACUGCACCUCGUCCCUUGCCUUCCUGGCCUUCAUGGCGAGCCUGAAGCCACACUAUCUACCCACCUUCUUCAUCGGGGAGGGCCUCAGUGGACUGAUACCGGGCCUGACAGCUCUAGGCCAAGGUGCCGGAAGUAUCAGUUGCGCAAACGGAAGUCACGUGUCGUCCAACUUCACAAACGGGACCUGGUACAACGAGACGGUCGCGUCUUCGUAUCCGGUGUUCGGAACUCCCCGCUUUUCGGUCCAAGUCUUCUUUUUUAUUUUAUUUGGUCUCAUGGUCCUGUCGUUGAUGUCGUUUAUUCUCCUGAACUAUCUUCCUUACUGCAAGAGCGAACGGGUUGCGAAAUACGUGUUAGAGAUCAACACUGUUAAUGAAGAGAGUCGUAAGAACGCAUAUACUGCGUGCAAUCCCAUAUAUGAGUCUGACAAGUUCAAAGGAGAGACGUCACAGCAGUCAGUCACAACGAAAACCCCGAACAAAGUGAUAUCUCCACGCCGACCUUCUGUUUCCUCCUUGCCCAAACAAUCCUCAUUAAUACUCAUCACCAGCUUCCUUCUGUCAGUGCAAUCGUACACCAGCAUCCCCUACGGCCUUGACACCUACCACCUCGUGGCCAUCAUCACUAACAUCGCCAACCCCGUCGCUUGUUUUUUCAGUCUCGCGUUGCCUGUCACGGGCACCAUCGCCAUCUCCAUCCUCAGCUUCAGCGGGACCGGCUUCGGCAUCUAUCUGAUUGUCGUGGCUGCCAUGAGCCCGCAUCCUCCUCUGUACGACGUCGAGGCAGGGGGAGCCAUUGUGAUAACAUCGUGGGCAAUGGCGUCCUUCCUUCUUACCUACGCUAAAGUGUCCAUUGCUGGUCGACUGAGACAGGGUGGACGCCAACCGCUGAUAUGGUACGGAGCCUUUACCCAAACUGGGGCGCUGAUAGGCGCCAUCGCCGCCUUCCUGGUCGUCAACAUCUUCAAGCUUCUACAGGACGCUCCUUACUGCUGACGUGUGCGUGUGCGUGAGUGUGUGCGUUUACGUACAGGCCGAUUAAGACGCGACGAUUAUCUGCACACAGGGGCUUGUGACGCAAAAAACAAAAUGGCAUCAAGGUAUAUAUUGUCACGGACCUCGGCUUCGCACAGAAUAAAAGGACUACAUUUAGUCAUUGUAGUGGUAAGACCCGGUCAGUGAAAACAUAAACCGUAUAUCCUCCAAUAA